AACAAACAAACUCAGACAAUUCACACCAACAAUCAUAAUAAACAAAAACGCACGUCACGAACUUUGAACUAGCUGACUGACUGAUGAGCCCGUUUGCGACUCUUCCGGAUGAGCUUGUACUGCGCAUCCUGGCACAGCUGCCCUCCGUGGACGUGCUCGCCGUCUCACGCACUUGCCACCGGAUGCGCACUGUGGCGCGCGACCCAACGCUGUGGCGGCAGCUGCUCUUCCGCGAUUUCGACUGCAGCGCACUCGCCGUGCUCCCCGUCGCAGCGGCUGCUGCCGAGACCAUCCGUCAUCAUCAGCAGGAGCAGCACAAGCAGCGCACCGAUCCAUGGAUCCAAGCGCACCCAUUGCGUCGGGAGGCUGGGACUGAGCCACGACGUCCGAUCGCAGUGCCGUUCAAUCUGCGAACGCGAUUCCUCAUGCCAUCUGAAGCACCUGCGACGCAACAGGAUGCAAGUCAAAGACCAAUCGCCACCUUUACAGACUAUACUCAAUGCUACGGGCGGAUUAUCCCGGUCACUGGCGUGUCCAAUAUCAAGUCCAUCCGAGCACUCCUCACCAGCUUGCUCCGAAACCCUCCGGAAGGGCUCAGCACUGUCCUGUUCCAUCGGGAACUUAUUCUGUGGUACGAGGCAAUGCACCGAAGGUAUACCCGAAUCAUGCGGCGACUGCAGCUGCAGCAUCUCCAGUGCGAGUCGUCGUACACGUUGCCGGACGACCCGUUUGCCGAUCGGUGGCAGCUGUGUGCUGAUGACGAAGCCAUGCGUCUUCAAACGCCAGAGGUCGAGUUUGACACGUCCGAGGACGACGACCUGCUCAUUCUGUGCCUCGGCGAGAAAAUCAAGCAUGAAGACGUUGCGAACGGACUCGAUACCAAACUCACUCUGGUUCGAGGGCCGCCCGUGGCUCCAAGACCAGCUGCAUCCCUGUCAACUGCUACUCUUCGAUUGAUUGCCAUGUCUGGCUCUGACAUGGAGCGAACCAGCUCUGCACGCAGCAACAUCAGUGACGACGCCAGUGGCGAUUAUGCCAGCGUGAACGACGCUGACGAAGAGGAUGAUGGCGAGUAUCAAGCCAGUCUAUCCGAGGAUGAAGCAGAAGAAAGGGAUGAGAGCGAUGACGCUGACGGUAAUUCAGCUGAAAACGGCGAGGAGGGCGAGGACGAUCCAACCGCGCUGCAUCCUCCUUCGCCGCCCAUGGCCGAGUCCCCGUUGCCAUCGCCACUGCAAUUCUCUGCGCCGGAACACGCCUCAAACCACAGCAGCAUUCUGCAACCACCGAACGCUGUCAACGCGACCCCGUUCGCUCCCAUUGCAGACCCUCCAUUGCCGGUCGACGCCGCCGUGCCUUGGAGAACCUGCUUCUUUGACCGUCAGCAGCUGGAGCACCACUGGGCUCUGGGUCGCGUGUGUGCACACUUUGCGUUCCAAGCUCACGUCAAAGAAGCAUCCAUCAUCUUCCUGGAGCUGUGCCACGGCAACAUGCGAAUCCUCUCGAUCUCUCAAUGUCGCAACCUGCGAGUCUGGAGCCUCGAGACCAUGUCUUGCUUGCUUUCCUUGGACUUUACCGGAAAAAACCGGUUUGACUGCGCUGUGGCCAACGACACAACGGUCUGCAGCGUGGAUUUUGUCGAAGACCGUCGGGCGACUGUGAUUCAGCUGUGGAAUGCUGAAACGGGCAGCCUCUCUGCCACCCUCGCAGGCCAUCUGAUGCCGGUAGCAGCGUUGGCCAUUCUCCCGCAUGCUCACCAACUCCUCAGCUCUGACGAUGCGCAUUGCGUGCGGCUGUGGAACAUUUCCUUGCCACAAGCUGCGUUUUGCCUGGCUGCUGUUCAUCUCGCCUCAAGGCCAUCACUUUUGCUGACAUGGGAGUUGUGUCUUUGUGUCACCACGGCGACUAGCUCUGACGCUGGCUUGAUCCGACUAUUAGAACCCACGACUUGGCUUGGCGAUUCCGGUGCUGGCGACACAUCCACGCAGCAGCCUUCACCAGCAGAAGCUGGAUCCGCCCCUGCUUCCCCGCCACCUCGAACGGCAUCGUGGAAGGGCGCCGUAUCCGUCCUUGGCAACCAAGUCUACGCCGUCGACGGCGCCACCUUGCAUUGCCUUUCGAUUCCGUCCUGCGCGCUUCAGUCCUGCUCCCACUCAAGCCACACCUUGCUGCACGAGCAUCUGAGCAAUCCCAAUCUCAUCCCUUUAGGCGAAGGUCAGCACCCGGCGCCCACCACAGUCCACUGCACAUAUGCUUCCAUCCAGCAGUCCGCGCGCAUGAACCUCCCCGUUUGCGUGCACGCAUCCAUGGAAGCUGUCUACGUUGGCCAUGCCGAUGGCGACAUUUCUCGAUGGCCGCUCAAUUUCCCGGACGGACUGGACGACUGGCAGGGGGUGUUGCGAGGUCACGAAGCGAGCGUGUUUGCGCUCGACUCGUUUGGGCGUUCGCGUUUGGUUUCGGCGGCGUCUGAUUUUGCCGUUCGCGUAUGGAGCCUCACGACGCACGAGUGCUUGAUAGUCACCCAUCUAUUGCCGCCCUUGGAGCGGGUCUUCUCGCGGUUGAACAUGGUUUCGCUUCCCGAGCGAGUUUUUAUCUCUGAGAAUCAGUUUGGCGUGGCGCUUUCCAAUGGAAUGAUCAAAGUUUGGCAGAUUUAGACCGGGUUGUUUCUAAUAUCACAUCGUUCGCU